UCCGAAUCCUAUGUACUUGUCACUUCUAAAGAAGUAAACAGAUUGAGAGAUCGAAGAAUAAAUAAUCCUUUACAUUCGGGUAGUGUAUAUAACUUAAAUUCUAUACUAUGUAUAAUUUUAUAUACGAAAUAUAUGAGGAUUUUUUUACACUAUAAGCCAAUGAAUCUAAGUUUGUUUACACAGCCAUCUGUGCUCAAAUUGAGGACCCGUUUGGCGAGAAUUUUUCACUUUUUUUUUCAAUUUUUUUUCCACUUUAUUUGAAAACUAGCUUUAGACAUGAAAAUUCCAACUACACUUGGAGUUGUAUUUGAAUUUUGGAAACCAUCUAAAACCUUAUUUUUACUUUCUUUUUCACUUUUUCCACUUUUAGUACAUUCGAACAACCAAGUAUUCUUUGCAAAAACUAUAAUCAAACAUUAUCAAAUUGCACGUUUCGCGUAGGUGGAGCCGCGAUCCUACUCUCGAAUCGUCCAUCAGAUAGAAAUUCAUGCAAGUACGAGCUUCUCCGUGAUGUUCAUAUUUACGAAACAACUUCAGAUCGUUCUCACAAAUCCAUUUUCCAAGAAUGAAGACGAUGAUGGCCUCAUUGGAAUUUCCAUAACUAAAGAUCUCUUAGUUGCAGCAACCAAUGCCAUAGAAACCAACCUUACUUUACUAGGUCCCUUAAUCCUCCCCUUAUCCGAAAAAAAUCUCUUUUUGAAAAAUAUCAUCAUGAGACGAAUUUUUGGGGUUGAAAAUAUUGAAAAGUACGUACCAAAUUUUGCAAGAAUUGAUCAUUUUCUCCCACAUGUUGGAGGAUUAGCAGUACUUAAUCAAUUACAAAGAAAAUUGAGAUUUAGUGAUUUGGCUAUGGAAGCUUCGAAAAUUACAUUGAAAAGAUUUGGGAAUACUUCUACUAGCUCGAUUUGGUAUGAAUUGGCUUAUUCAGAGGCCAAGGGGAGAAUUAAAAAAGGUGAUAAAAUUUGGCAAAUGGCUUAUGGGUCGGGUUUUAAAUGUAGCAGUGUGAUUUGGCGUACCAUAAGGAAUGUUGAUAGCAAUGACUUGAAAAAUCCAUGGAACGAAGAGAGGGAUGCUUUUGCUAAUCUCAAUUUGGACAACAGUGAGACAUCCUACGACUAUUUUGAACCACCUAAGUCAACUUGAUUUUAUCGAAAUGUGUUUUUCAAUUAAAGGUUUAUAACAAGCUUUUUGUUUGUACUGCA